GACAAUUUGUUCGCAUUUGAUCCAGAACAGCUUGCAGUCCUCGUCGAUCCAAAAAACAUACCUCUCCUCAAGACCUUUGGUGGUCUCCAAGGCAUCGCUAGAGGACUCCAUGCAGACAUCAUCAACGGCUUGUAUUCUUCUGAACUCAUCACAACUCCGAUAACACUAGCCGAUCUAUCCCAACCUCAAAUCCAAAGCCAAAGCCAAAGCCAAAGCCAAAAGAUUUCAACAUCACCUCUUCAGCCUGUUCAGACAAAUCAUUCUACUGGUGCAAAUUCAACUAGCAGUAAAGCCAAAGGAUUCGUAUCAAGAUCUGCAAUCUUUGGAACCAAUGUCUUGCCACCAGCAAAAGUCAAAUCCAUCUUUGAACUCAUGUGGAUGGCCAUGAAAGACAAGACUCUCAUUUUGUUGGCUGUAGCUGCUAUUAUCUCUUUGGGCGUUGGUAUCUAUGACGAUGUCGAUAUUCCUGAAGUAGACGCAAUGGGAAAUACUAUCCCAGGUGUCAAGUGGGUCGAAGGUGUCGCAAUUAUGGUAGCAAUCAUAAUCGUCGUCUCUGUCGGAAGUGCCAACGAUUACCAAAAAGAAAAGCAGUUUCGUAAACUAAACGCAAAGAAGGAAGACCGUUUCGUAAAGGCUACCCGUGAAAAGAACACCUUAUUGAUUUCGGUGCAUGAUAUUCAAGUGGGCGACGUUCUCCAUUUAGAACCAGGAGAUAUCGUGGCUGCUGAUGGUAUUUUUAUCGAAGGCCACAACCUGCGAUGUGACGAGUCUGCCGCUACUGGUGAAUCCGAUGCUCUCAAACCUACUACAGCCACAACAGAAAACAAGAAUCCCGGUACUCAGCACAAAUCUUUACCUGACCCAUUCAUCAUUUCUGGAUCCAAAGUACUCGAAGGUGUCUGCACUUAUCUUGUCACAAGCGUCGGUGUUCACUCUUACUAUGGCCGCACCAUGAUGGCUCUUCGCACAGACGCAGAAACCACUCCAUUGCAAGAAAAACUCAACCAUCUGGCAGAAACUAUUGCUAAACUCGGCUCGGCUGCCGGUCUCUUGAUGUUGGUCGUCCUCUUGAUCCGUUACUUUGUCAAGUGGCGCUAUGGUGUUCCUUCCCCUGCAUCUGCGAUCGUCCAAGGAAUCAUGAACAUUCUUAUUGUUGUGGUCACCAUUGUCGUAGUGGCUGUUCCCGAGGGCUUACCACUAGCUGUAACACUAGCUCUGGCCUAUGCUACUCAGCGCAUGCUCAAAGACAAUAACCUUGUCCGCGUUUUGGCUGCUUGUGAAACGAUGGGAAAUGCUACAACCGUUUGUUCUGACAAGACUGGUACUCUCACCCAGAACAAGAUGUCAGUUGUUGCCGGUACCUUUGGAUCGUCAUUUAGAUUCAUCAAAGAAGUUCCUCCAAACCGUAAAGACCUCCAUCCCAUCAUUGCUGUAGGCCAAAAGGCUCCACGCCAGAUCCUCAAUUUGCUCAACCAAGGUAUUGCUGUCAAUUCAUCGGCCUUUGAAAGCCUGGAUGAUAAUGGUUCCAAGGUUCUUGUGGGAAACAAGACCGAGACCGCCCUUUUGGCAUUUAGCCACGAAAUCGGAAGUGAAGACAUCGAAGCCUUACGGUCUCGCUGGGAGAUCGAGCAGCUGUUUCCUUUUAGUUCGGACCGCAAAGCCAUGGCAACCGUAAUCAAGAUUCCUCACCCCACUAAAACUGGCAAAUUCAUCUAUCGUGCUCAUGUCAAGGGUGCUCCCGAAAUCCUUGUUGACAAGUGCUCGACCAUCAUCACACUCCAAGAUUCCCAGUACGCCUUUUCUGAACACGAUUACGAUGUCAAAUCCCGCAAGCUCAACACCGAAGACAUGACCAGAGUCGUACACAUCAUCCAGAGUUAUGCUUCCCGUAGUCUGCGUACCAUUGGUAUUGCCUAUCGUGACUUUGAACAAUGGCCUCCUUCUGGCGAAAAUGUCUUGUCUUCAGCUUCUUCUAGUUCUUCUUCUUCUUCAAACAUUGGCGAAGAAAUUGAGGUUUCCUAUGAUGAGAUUGUCCGUGAGAAUGGCUUAACCCUCUUGGGUGUUGUUGGUAUCGAAGAUCCACUGCGUCCUGGUGUUACCGAAGCUGUCAAGGCCUGCCAGAGAGCCGGUGUGUUUGUUCGUAUGGUUACUGGAGACAACAUGAUGACCGCAAAGAGUAUUGCCAAGCAGUGUGGUAUCUACACCCAAGGUGGUAUUGUUAUGGAGGGCCCUGUUUUCCGCAAUCUGCCGCCUUCAGAAAUGGAUGCUAUCUUACCCCGCCUCCAGGUUCUUGCCCGCUCGAGUCCCCAAGACAAGCAGAUUCUGGUCGGACGUCUCAAAGAACUCGGUGAUAUUGUGGCAGUUACUGGAGAUGGCACCAACGAUGGCCCGGCCCUGAAGUUGGCCGACGUUGGAUUUUCGAUGGGUAUCUCGGGUACUGAGGUUGCCAAGGAGGCCUCGAGUAUCAUUCUGAUGGACGACAACUUUUCGAGUAUCGUGAGGGCUAUUAUGUGGGGCCGAUGUGUGAACGAUGCAGUCAAGAAGUUUUUGGAAUUCCAAUUGACCGUCAAUGUCACAGCUGUUAUUCUUACCUUUGUUUCUUCUGUGGUCAGUGAUUCUCAAGAUUCUGUUCUGACUGCGGUCCAGCUGCUCUGGGUCAAUCUGAUCAUGGACACCCUUGCAGCACUCGCACUUGCUACCGACCCACCGACCGAAGAACUCCUCUUGCGUGGUCCCGAGUCCCGUUCCUCACCACUGAUUACCUUUAAGAUGUGGAAGAUGAUUAUCGGUCAGGCUAUUUUCCAAGUGAUCGUUACCAUAGUUAUGCUAUACAGCGACAUCUUUAGCUACGACCCCAAGAGUGGUAUUCUCCAGACCCUGGUCUUUAACACUUUUGUGUUUUGUCAGAUAUUCAAUGAAAUCAAUUGCCGUUCUAUUGAUGACUCUUUGAAUAUUUUCCACAACAUUAUAGCCAACAAAUUCUUUAUGUUCAUCUUUGUGUUCUGCGUUGCAUGCCAGGCUAUCAUUGUCAACUUUGGUGGAGCUGCUUUCCAGGUUACCCGAAUUGGUGGUGUCGAGUGGGCCAUUUCGAUUGUCAUUGGUCUGCUCUCGAUUCCUAUUGGUGUAAUCAUCCGCUUGAUCCCAGAUCAUAUC